GAAAGUCGACAUAGUAUUUCAUUAGGGGCAAGCGUCGUAUAUGUAAGAAAAUACCGGCCUUGCUACAAAUUUUCUUCUAAUAUUCGAUGCAACUUCGAGUCUCUUAGUGUAGUAACUUUCUGUGCCUUAAAAUAUUUUCUGCUUCUUCUUUAGAACUGACCUUUAGAACAUAGCCGAUAUUCACACACACACACAAAUGCACAAGCACUCUUUAUUGAAUCCAUGUGCAACUAUAUUCCGUAACUGUGAAUCUUCUGAUCAUGUGGACACAGCCUCAGUCAGACAAACUGCUCAAGCUACAAAUGUUUUUUUUGUUUUUUUUACGUACGAUUGCCUCUAUCAUUUAUCCUUUGCGUGUUUGCUAUUCCACCAUAUCCAUAAGUAUAGUUCUCUAAGCUAUGUUUUCGAGCAUUCGUGUACUUGUCACUUAACUUGCUCUACUCGUCCCACACUUUUUUCUGCUUAUUUUCUUUAUAAGCAAUAAAUUAUUUCCCUAAAUAUACCGAGUGUUGUGAUGUUCUCUGGGAACAAUUUAUUUUACAUGGUUCCCGCCUUUAUAUAUUAAUUGAGUGCUAUAUUUAUACAUGUAGCAUUUGCUUAUGCUUGCCCCACUUGCGCGCAGGUGUAUGUAUGGGAGUCGACCUGCAUACGCAAGAAGACAAAAGAAACUUCUUCGGCAACUGCUUCAACCGGCUCUCAUACCUGACUGCUAUUCGGGGUUGCCGACCUUGGCUGUGGAUGCAACAAGUCUACGACAUGACGAAAGAAGGAAAAGUGUUCAAGACCACCGUGCAAAAGAUGCAGAUGUUCAGUUAUUCGGUACUGAGAGAAAGGAAAGAAUGGCUUCUCAAAAACCACUCGACAAACGCGAAGGACAUAAACCUGAAAAGAGAUUCCACAGUGACCAAGUCCCCUUCACUGUUCUUGGACUCCUUGCUGGCGUACAACAUCAGGGACCCCACUUAUUCCGUCGAAGAAAUAAAGAACGACGUUGACUCUAUCAUAUUCGCGACGGAACAGGGCACCGACUCAACUGCAUCGGGUGUAAGCUGGACCAUCUAUUUGCUGGGUCUUCACCCGUCCAAGUUGGCGAAAGUUCACGAAGAGCUGGACCGAGUUCUCGGACGAGACAAAGAUGGCGUCAUCAGAAGCGAUGACCUUCUGCAACUUAAUUAUCUCGAAUGCUGCCUCAAGGAGACCCUUCGCCUUUACCCACCAUUUCCACUUUUCGGAAGGAAACUAGAACACGACGUGGUUAUAGACCGGAUUGCACCGAGCCCUUCCCAUGGGGUGCUGCUUCUGCUGCCCGUCGUUGUGGCGCAUUUUGACAUCCUUAUGUGCAAGCCACGUGUGGCUGCUCUGCCUCGAGUCCCAGACCAGGAGAAUGCAAAGAGGCUUCAACGGCGCUCUCUUCGUUCUUUCGCUGCAGACGGCUACCGCCUUCCCGAAGGCCUGACUUGUUUCGUGAACCUCUACAGCCUCCACAGAGACCCGAGACACUUCCGGCAGCCCGACAGCUUCCUGCCUGAGCGUUUCCUGGGCGAGGAGUUUGCGCAGCGCCAUCCCUACUCUUACAUCCCAUUUUCGGCCGGACCCAAGAACUGCCCAGGUCAACGCUUCUUCAUGCAGGAGGCGAAGCUGUUGCUGGCGAAGGUUUUCUCCAAGUUCAGCGUGGAGUCUACGAAACCUGCGGACGAGAUCAAGAUCACAUACGAAGUCGUACUCAAAGCCAGGGGAAGUCUGCGUGUCUGGUUUCGCACGAGGAAUGUGGCAGAUGCGGGACAGUCACCGCAGAAUUGUACCGCACUGUCAUGUCGCACUCGUGUUCCUUGUUCAUCGCGAUGA